AGCCAGCAGGAAACUUGCUUUUGUCUGCUGCCAUUCUCUUCAGUGGAUCAAGCCCAGUUUCGACGCUGAGAAUGCUGGAAUUAAUGAAUAUGAAGGUGUUCUGUAGACACACAUAUUUUAAUUACCAGAGGGGCUACCUGCUGCCAGCAAUUGAACAAGUCUGGACAAAUCAUCAGGCACAAUUGAUGACAGAAAUUCAGGGAAAGGAGUCAUCUCUCGCUGGAGAUGGACGCUGUGACUCGCCUGGUCACAACUCUAAGUACCUGACUUACAGCUUCUAUCAUGAAGGUUUGAGGAAAAUUGUUCACACUGUUCAGGUGCAGGCAAAUGAAGUGGCAUCAAGUAGUCACAUGGAACUUGAAGCAGUACGCCGGGGACUCGAAGAGCUGGCAGAUCUAAACGUUCUGUUGAAGAGCUUCACGACAGACCGCCACCCUGGAGUACGGAAGUACAUGCGUACAACACAUCCAGAUGUUAAACAUCAGUUUGACGUGGUGCACGCGUCUAAAGGUAUCCACUUGAGGAAGAAAAAGCUAGUGCUUGUUUCUUUAUGUAAGCGUCCAAAGAACAGAGUGAUAACAUCGUGA